UUCUUCUUCGGUUGCCCGCCUGCCCGCUUUAACCUUUUUUCUACUGUUUUUCUCUUAUUUUAAACGACCGCCGUCCCCGCCACACACCGGAAUUCGAAACCCUAGAAAUUGAAAAACAGAUAAUCGGAGAUGCCUCGUGAAAUAAUAACACUUCAAGUUGGACAAUGCGGGAACCAGAUCGGUAUGGAGUUCUGGAAACAACUUUGUCUGGAGCACGGUAUCUCCAAAGACGGCAUACUUGAAGAUUUCGCUACUCAGGGAGGUGACCGGAAAGAUGUGUUUUUCUAUCAAGCUGAUGAUCAACACUACAUACCACGAGCAUUGCUUAUGGAUUUGGAACCCAGAGUGAUUAAUGGAAUCCAAACCGGUGAAUACCGAAAUCUUUAUAAUCACGAGAAUAUAUUUACUUCAAAGGAAGGAGGCGGUGCAGGAAACAAUUGGGCCAGCGGAUAUCAUCAGGGUAAGAGUUUUGAGGAGGACCUGAUGGACAUGAUUGAUAGAGAAGCAGAUGGAAGUGAUAGUCUCGAAGGGUUUGUUUUAUGUCAUUCAAUUGCCGGAGGAACUGGCUCAGGAAUGGGUUCAUACCUUUUGGAGACAUUAAACGAUCGCUACAGCAAAAAACUUGUACAAACAUACAGUGUAUUUCCUAACCAGAACGAGAUAAGUGACGUCGUGGUCCAGCCGUACAAUUCUCUUCUGACUCUCAAAAGACUUACGUUAAACGCCGACUGUGUUGUUGUUCUUGAUAACACAGCACUUAAUAGGAUUGCGGUAGAACGUUUACAUAUACAAAAUCCUUCUGUUUCUCAGACAAAUUCUUUAGUUUCAACCGUAAUGUCUGCCAGUACAACCACCUUAAGGUACCCCGGAUAUAUGAACAAUGAUUUGGUUGGCCUUCUUGCUUCUUUGAUCCCGACGCCUAGGUGCCACUUUCUUAUGACAGGGUAUACACCACUGACAGUAGAGCGCCAGGCUAAUAUGAUUCGCAAAACAACCGUACUAGAUGUUAUGAGACGACUUCUACAGACAAAGAAUAUAAUGGUUUCGUCGCAUGCAAGAACAAAAGCAGCUAGUCAAGCUAAGUAUAUAUCAAUACUGAAUAUUAUUCAGGGUGAAGUUGAUCCUACCCAGGUUCAUGAUAGUUUGCAGCGUAUUCGUGAAAGAAAGCUUGUUAAUUUCAUUGAGUGGGGCCCUGCUAGCAUUCAGGUUGCUCUCUCAAGAAAGUCUCCGUAUGUUCAAACUGCCCACAGGGUCAGCGGGCUCAUGUUAGCAAGUUACACUGGAAUCCGACAUUUAUUCUCUAAAUGCUUGAGUCAAUAUUCUCUACUAAGAAAGCGGCAAGCUUUUCUUGACAAGUACAGGGAUUUCCCGAUGUUUAGUGACAACGAUCUAUCAGAGUUUGAUGAGGCCAGAGAUAUAAUUGAGAGUUUGGUUGAUGAAUAUAAGGCUUGUGAAUCUCCAGAUUAUAUAAAAUGGGGAAUGGAGGAUCCGGAUCAUAUCCUAACAGGGGAAGGAAAUGCUACGGGGACAUUAGAUCCUAAGCUAGCAAUGUAAACAUGGCAAGUAUGAGACGUUCAAUUUCUUUUGCUUACUACACGACUGUGUGAUUGUAAUUAAACAUGUGUGAUUGUAUCUAUCUGUUGAGAAACGGACCCGUUGCUGCAGUAUGAUUUUGAGUUACUUAGAUAAUACUUUUAGCAUCGAAAAGUAUGUAUGUUGGGUGGGAUAUUAGCUUGAAAUAUUGAGAAAAUGUGUUUUGGUCA